AUGACUCAAAUUACAGAAUUUAUCCUUUUGGGUUUUGGAGAUCUCCAUGGCCUUCAGUUUCUUCUUUUUGGAGUAUUUAUGGUCAUCUAUGUGGUGACUGUCAUGGGCAACAUUGUAAUCCUAACUGUGGUGUCAGCUGAUCACUCCCUUCAUACCCCCAUGUAUUUCUUUCUUGGCCACUUCUCCUUCCUAGAGAUUGGCUACACCACUACCAUUGAGCCCAUGAUGCUAAGGACAUUUUCAUCAGCUCAUGUGCUUAUUUCCUUCCCAGGCUGUGCUUGCCAGUUUUAUUUUGGGGGGGCUCUGGUGGCCACUGAAUGCUUCUUCCUGGCUGUAAUGUCUUAUGAUCGGUAUAUAGCCAUCUGUAACCCAUUGCAUUACUCCAGCAUAAUGGACUACUGGGGUUGCUUACAGCUAGCUGGUGCCUCUUGGGAAGCUGGAUUUCUGUCACCCAUCCUUCUCAUGAUCUUCAUUUUUUGGUUAACAUUCUGCACUGCCAAUGAGAUUAACCACUUUUUCUGUGAUUUGAAGCCCAUCAUGAAACUGGCCUGCACUGAUCAAGUAGCUGAGAUGACCUCUUUUAUAUGUACGUCUUUAUUUGCCCUCGGCCCCUUCAUGCUAACUCUAGCAUCUUAUACUUACAUCAUCUCCACCAUUCUGAGGAUUCCUUCUACCUCAGGGAAGCAGAGGGCCUUCUCCACCUGUUCCUCCCAUCUGACAGUGGUCAGUUUGUAUUAUGGGAUACUGGGCAUUGUCUAUGGCUUCCCAUCAGGGCCUCAACAUGAAGACUUAUUGAAGUCGCUUUCCCUUCUGUAUACAGUGCUUACCCCUGCUCUAAACCCUAUUAUUUACACCUUAAGGAACAAGGAUGUAAAGGUAGCUCUGAGAAAAUUGGUACAAUGA